AUGCCACCUGGCGUUCUUCGUAAGUUGAAUCCUUUUUCAUUCUCUCUUUUUUGUUUUUUCUCUUAUUUUUGUCUGUUUUUCUUUUCAUUUUUCUAUCACCAUUUUCCUUUUCUUUUCCUCUUUUCUUAUGAUUUUUUCUUUCUUCUCCCCUUUCUUUUUCUUUCUUCUCCCCUUUCUUUUUCUUUCUCUUUUUCUCCCCACCCCGGCUUUCUAGCUCUGUGUCUCUCUCUUUCUCUCUGUGUCUCUCUUUCUCUCUGUGUCUCUCUUUCUCUCUGUGUCUCUCUCUCUCUCUCUCUGUCUCUCUCUCAAUAUUUAAGAGUGGAAAAACAAAGACUUCUCUCUCUCUUUCUGUUUUUUCCUCUCUCUCUCUCUUUCUGUUUUUUCCUCUCUUUCUCUCUUUUCUGUUUUUUCCUCUCUUUCUCUCUUUCUGUUUUUUCCUCUCUUUCUCUCUCUUUCUGUUUUUUCCUCUCUCUCUCUCUUUCUGUUUUUUCCUCUCUCUCUCUCUUUCUGUUUUUUCCUCUCUCUCUCUCUUUCUGUUUUUUCUCUCUCUCUCUCUCUCUCUUUCUGUUUUUUUCUCUCUCUCUUUCUGUUUUUUUCUCUCUCUCUUUCUGUUUUUUUUCUCUCUCUCUUUCUGUUUUUUUUUCUCUCUUUCUGUUUUUUCUCUCUCUCUUCUUUUUUUUUUCUCUCUCUCUCUCUUUCUGUUUUUUUCUCUCUCUCUUUUUUUUUUUCUUCUCUCUCUUUUUUUUUCUCUCUCUUUCUCUUUUUUUUUUUCUCUCUCUCUCUCUGUUUUUUUCUCUCUCUCUUUCUGUUUUUUUCUCUCUCUCUCUCUUUCUGUUUUUCUCUCUGUUUUUUCUGUUUUCUCUCUCUUUCUCUUUCUGUUGUUUUUUUCUCUUUUUCUGUUUUUCUCUCUUUUUCUCUUUCUGUUUUUUUCUCUCUUUCUGUUUUUUCUCUCUCUCUUUUCUGUUUUUUUUCUCUUUCUGUUUUUUCUUUUUCUCUUUCUGUUUUUUUCUCUCUCUUUUUUUUUUCUCUCUCUCUUUCUGUUUUUUUUUUCUCUUCUUUGUUUUUUUUUUCUCUCUUUUUCUGUUUUUUUUCUCUCUCUUUCUGUUUUUUUUUCUCUCUCUCUUUGUUUUUUUUUCUCUCUCUUUCUGUUUUUUUUUUUCUCUCUCUCUUUCUGUUUUUUUCUCUCUCUUCUUUUUUUUUUUUCUCUCUUUCUUUUUUUCUCUCUCUCUUUCUGUUUUUUUCUCUCUCUCUUUUUUUUUCUCUCUCUCUUUCUUUUUUUUCUCUCUCUCUCUUUCUUUUUUUUCUCUCUCUCUCUUUCUUUUUUUUCUCUCUCUCUCUUUUUUUUCUCUCUCUCUCUUUUUUUUCUCUCUCUCUUUUUUUUUCUCUCUCUCUCUUUUUUUUUUCUCUCUCUCUUCUGUUUUUCUCUCUCUCUUUCUUUUUUCUCUCUCUUUCUGUUUUUUCUGUUUUUUUUCUUUUUUCUCUCUCUCUUUCUUUUUUUUUUCUCUCUCUCUUUCUGUUUUUUUUCUCUCUUUCUGUUUUUUUCUCUCUCUCUCUUUCUGUUUUUUUUUCUCUCUCUCUUUCUGUUUUUUCUCUCUCUCUUUCUGUUUUUUUCUCUCUCUCUUUCUGUUUUUUUUCUCUCUCUCUCUCUUUCUGUUUUUUUUUCUCUCUCUCUUUGUUUUUUUUUCUCUCUCUCUCUUUCUGUUUUUUUUUUUCUCUUUUUCUUUUUUUUUCUCUUUUUUUUUUUUUUCUCUCUCUUUCUGUUUUUUUCUCUCUUUCUGUUUUUUCUCUCUCUUUUGUUUUUCUCUCUCUCUUUCUUUUUUUCUCUCUCUCUUUCUUUUUUCUCUCUCUUUGUUUUUUUUCUCUCUUUCUGUUUUUUUCUCUUUCUGUUUUUUCUUCUCUCUUUCUCUCUCUCUCUCUCUCUUUGUUUUUUUCUCAUCUCUUCUUUUUCUGUGUUUUUUCUCUCUCUCUCUCUUUGUUUUUUUCUCAUCUCUUCUCUUUCUGUGUUUUUUCUCUCUCUCUCUUUGUUUUUUUUUCUCUCUCUCUCUUUGUUUUUUUCUCAUCUCCUCUUUCUGUGUUUUUUCUUCUCUCUUUCUGUGUUUUUUCUUCUCUCUUUCUGUUUUUUUCUCUCUCUGUUUUUUUCUCCCCCCGCCUCUGUCUCUCUCUCUUCUCUCUCUCUCUAUUUAUACCACACUAUCACAUUUUUUUGCAUAUUGCUCUUCACUUGUUAUUAUUCUUAGUAGUAGUAUUAUUUUUCUUCUUUGUAGUAGUGGUGGUAAUAAUAUUUUUCUUCGUAGUACUAGUGGUGAUAAUAAUAUUUUUCUUCGUAGUACUAGUGGUGAUGAUAAUAUUUUUCUUCGUAGUACUAGUGGUGAUAAUAAUAUUUUUCUUCGUAGUACUAGUGGUGAUAAUAUUUUUCUUCGUAGUACUAGUGGUGAUAAUAAUACUUUUCUUUGUAGUAGUAGUAUUAGUGGUAAUAAUAUUUUUCUUUGUAGUAGUAGUAUUAGUGGUAAUAAUAUUUUUCUUUGUAGUAGUAUUAGUGGUAAUAAUAUUUUUCUUUGUAGUAGUAUUAGUGGUAAUAAUAUUUUUCUUUGUAGUAGUAUUAGUGGUAAUAAUAUUUUUCUUCGUAGUAGUAUUAGUGGUAAUAAUAUUUUUCUUCGUAGUAGUAUUAGUGAAUUUGCAGGACAUGCAUUCUUUGAUGCAGAGCGUCUCUCUCUCUCUCUCUCUUGUCAGUUUGUGUCACCCUCUCUUCAUUUUAUCAGUUUGAGUAUAUCCCCACCUCUCUCUAUCUUUUUAGUUUGUGUGUUUUGUUUUGCUUUUCUGUUUGGGUGCAAGGGUGUAUGUCUCUCUCUCUGGUCUGGGCUUGAAUGGUUUUCUUUUUACUCUGUCUGGUGUUUGUACCUAUCUCUCUCUCACUCUCUCUGGUGUCUGCACCUCUCUCACUCUCUCUGGUGUCUGCACCUCUCUCACUCUCUCUGGUGUCUGCACCUCCCUCCCCCUCUCUCUGGUGUCUGCACCUCCCACACACACACACACACACACACACUCUCUCUCUCUCUCUCUCUCAUGUCUGUACCUCCCUCACACUCUCUCUUUCUCUCUCUCUGGUGUCUACACCUUUAUCCCUCCCUCCGGUGUCUACCCAUUUGUCCCUCAUACCCUCUCUCUCUCUCUCUCUCUGGUGUCUUAUAUAUAAAACAGAGUGCGUCUGUCUGUCUCUUUUCUUCUUUCCUCUGUCUACUAUACAUCUUUCUCUCUGAAUAUGUUUAUUAUUUAUCUACCUGUCAUUUUAAUUCACUUUUUUUUGUCCCGGCAUUUUCAAUUAUUCUUCUCUAA